AUGUCCAGCCCCGCAAAGAAGCGUAAGAGAAAUGCCCCAGAAUUCACUCCGCAGCAAACGCGGAGCAUAGCGUCAUUCUUCCAGGGCCAAGCGACCAAGAAGGCAGAGCAAGCAGAAAAUCAAUUAGAUGGAACGGCUCAUGAUACAGGGCAGACACUUUCAGAUGAAGCACUUGCUCGCAAGCUUCAAAAAGACUGGAAUGAAGAGGAAAGCUCCCCAGCUUCAACAACGCAAGAUCCCGAACGUACUACUAGUAGUACUACAACGCCCCCAAUCACAUCAAUAGAAGAGCCAAAAUCUAAGGCCCAAAAGAAAAACACACUUUCACUACAGUCAUCCGCAGGCACGGAAGAUACAAUCUCCCUCUCAAUGCCCUUGGACCAGAGUCCGUUGAGCUUCGACGCAGCGAAAUACGCAAACCAACUGCAAUCGCAUUGGGCUGCAGAAGGAGGAGAUGCGACGUAUGCUCUAUUAACGAGGGCUUUUGUCCUGGCAAAUGCGACGACCAGUCGGAUUCGGAUUGUCGACACGCUGGUCAAUUUCCUUCGGGUUCUGAUUGAGGGAGAUCCCAGCAGCGUUCUCCCAGCUGUAUGGCUCGCAACGAACUCAAUAUCGCCUCCGUAUGAAGAGAUCGAGCUUGGCCUUGGAGGCUCGUCAAUAUCCAAGGCGCUGAAGAAAGUCUAUGGGUUGACUAGUCAAGGGCUCAAGGCGCUCUACAAUAGACAUGGAGAUGCCGGUGAUGUGGCAUUUGAAGCGAAGAAAAAGCAGACUUUCACAUUGGCAAGACCGAAACCCUUAAAGAUCAAGGGGGUAUACCAGUCACUUCUGAGGAUUGCUGCGAGCAAAGGGCAAGGGAGUCAAGAAACGAAACAAAGAAUUGUCGAAAAGUUGCUACAAGAUGCGCGCGGCGCGGAAGAGAGUCGCUACAUUGUCCGGACGCUCGUGCAGAACCUCCGUAUUGGCGCUGUAAAGACAACCAUGCUCAUUGCGCUGGCGCGGGCGGUUGUACAUUCCAAGCCCACGGGCGCAGAGUUCAGCGUCCGUCCUCAACAGGACCUGGCACAUCUCAAGAAAGGGGAGCUAUCCGAGAUUUAUACUCACGCAGAAGAAAUCGUCAAAGCUUCUCACGCAAGACACCCGAACUAUAACGACCUUGUCCCUUGUCUUCUCGAGAUUGGGGCAUCUGGAGAGCUUCUAGUGCGAUGUGGUUUGCAGAUGCAUAUCCCAUUGAGACCAAUGCUGGGCAGCAUUACAAGAGACCUGUCAGAGAUGUUGACCAAAUUACAAGGGAGAGAUUUCAGCUGCGAAUACAAAUACGACGGGCAACGGGCCCAAGUUCAUUGUGACGAAAGUGGGAAGGUAUCCAUCUUCUCUCGCCAUUUAGAGCAAAUGACGGACAAGUACCCAGAUCUGGUAUCAUUAGCCCCGCAAAUCCGGGGAGAAAGCGUUUCGAGCUUCAUUCUCGAAGGAGAGGUCGUUGCCGUAAACCGUGAGACUGGGGAACUACUGCCAUUUCAAAUCCUUGCGAAUCGAGCAAAGAAGAAUGUUGAAAUCGGAGAUAUCAAAGUCAACGUUUGUCUCUUCGCGUUCGACCUGAUGUACCUAAACGGCGAACCACUACUCGACCGACCAUUCCGCGAACGACGAGAAUUCCUCCGUAGCUUAUUCGUUGAGACCUCAAACCAAUUCACAUGGGUCAAAAGCCUCGACGCGACAUCCGCCGACUCGGAAACAGUCCUCGAAUUCUUCAAAAGCGCCACAGAUGUCAAAUGCGAAGGCAUCAUGGUCAAAGUCCUCGACAACACCGACCCACUAUCGAUCAACCCCCAAACCGAAGAAAUUCCCAGCAAUGACCUUACCACCGCAGAACCUUACCUCAAGUCCGAAGAAGAAGAAAAGUCCAAAACCCAAACUCAACCCAAAGAAAAAUCCACCCGUCGCAAACCCCUCCUCUCCACCUACGAACCCGACAAACGCCUCGACUCCUGGCUCAAAGUCAAAAAGGACUACACCACCUCCUCCGAGACGCUCGACCUAAUCCCCGUCGCAGGCUGGCACGGCCAAGGCCGCAAAGCAAAAUGGUGGUCGCCGAUCCUCCUCGCCGUCCGGAACCCAGACUCCGGCAGCUUGGAGGCAGUAACGAAAUGCAUGUCCGGCUUCACGGAUAGAUUUUACUUGGCCAAUAAAGAAAAGUACGCCGAGGGGUCGACAAACCUCAUCUCCAGACCCAGCUACGUUGAGUACCCCGGUGAACCGGACGUGUGGUUUGAACCGCAGGAGGUCUGGGAGAUGGCGUUUGCGGAUAUCACGCUGAGCCCGACAUAUCGCGCUGCGGUUGGGCUGGUGAGUGAGGAACGGGGGCUGAGUUUGCGGUUUCCGAGAUUUUUGAAGGUGAGGGAGGAUAAGUCUGUUGAAGAGGCGAGUACGGGUGAUGAUUUGGCGGUUUUGUGGAGGAAGCAAGUGGAGAGGUCGAGGUCAGAAGGAGAGCCCGAGCCUGCUAGCAAUGAAAUGGAGAUGGAAUAA